GCGCAUUUUCAUGACGCUCAAAGUUCCUUGUACAUCCAGUUCAGAGUUCGCAUUCCUGAGGGUUUGUAAGGAUCUCUUGUUUUCCCUCUUAGACUUGGCCUCAGAUGACGUCGUCGAGUGUUGUUGACUUAUAUUUGGUGAAUACCGGAAGAAGUAGUAACGUGUCUAAGUUGAACACACACAUACACACACACACACCACAGUAAUGCACUCGCAGAUAAAACACAUUCUGCGCUUGAAUCCGUGCGCUCCUGCUCUGCGCCAGAGGAGCAUCUGGAGGAAACUAUGGAAUGUUUCGGCACAGCAGCAACGUGGCAUCAGACCAGCAGGAUCCAACACAGCUGCAACUGCAAACAUUAAGCCAUACUUCGCCUUGCAGAGCUGCAGGAAGUAUGCAUCCGACUCCACGUACAGCCAUGCCUUCACCGCAGCCAGAGACAGCCCCGACACCUUCUGGGCUGAAGUUGGACAGGACAUCAACUGGUUUGAACCGUGGACUAAAACUUUGCACAUUGAGGAUCCGGUAUUUCCCAACUGGUUUAUGGGAGGAAAGCUGAACAUGUGCUACAACGCUGUGGAUCGCCAUGUAGAGAGUGGACGUGGAGAGCAGCCUGCAAUCAUUUAUGACAGCCCGGUGACUGGAACUAAACAGAUCAUCACUUACAGGGAACUGUUGGACCAGGUGUCAAGGUUAGCUGGAGUCUUGGUGAAGAAUGGUGUGCAGAAAGGAGAUCUGGUGGUCAUUUAUAUGCCCAUGGUGCCUCAGGCCAUGUUCACCAUGUUGGCCUGUGCACGGAUCGGUGCCCCACACAGCCUCAUCUUUGGCGGCUUUGCUUCCAAAGAGCUCUCAGUCAGAAUUAAUCAUGCCAAGCCCAAGCUGAUAGUUACAGCGUCAUUUGGCAUCGAGCCAGGUAGAAGAGUGGAGUACAUCCCUCUGGUGGAGACGGCCCUGGAGCUGAGCUCUCACAGGCCCUCUAAAGUCCUCAUCUUCAACAGACCCAAUAUGGAGAAAGUAUCACUGAGUCCAGAAUUGAGUGUAGACUGGGAGGAAGAGAUGGCUACUGCUCAGCCACACGACUGUGUUCCUGUCCUCUCCAACCACCCGCUCUAUGUCCUGUACACCUCUGGAACGACUGGAACGCCCAAGGGUGUUGUGCGAGACACUGCAGGCUACGCUGUGAUGCUGAAAUGGACCAUGUCAAAUAUUUAUGGACUCAAUCCUGGUGAUGUUUGGUGGGCAGCUUCAGAUCUGGGCUGGGUGGUCGGCCAUUCGUAUAUCUGCUAUGGUCCUCUGCUCCACGGUAACAGCACAAUCCUCUAUGAGGGAAAGCCUGUAGGGACUCCAGACCCCGGGGCGUUCUUCCGUGUCCUGUCUGAACACGGAGUAUCCUCCAUGUUCACAGCACCUACUGCAAUCCGAGCCAUUCGGCAGCAGGACCCCCAUGCUGCAAUAGGAAAAAAAUACCCCUUGAGCAGGCUGCAGACUUUAUUCUUGGCCGGAGAGCGAUGUGAUGUGGAGACGUUGGAAUGGGCUAAAAAGAGUUUUGGGGUACCAAUCCUGGACCACUGGUGGCAGACUGAAACGGGCUCAGCUAUCACCUCCACAUGUGUGGGUCUGGGUAACUCACUUACUCCACCUGCAGGCCAAGCGGGUAAACCUGUUCCAGGAUACAAUGUCACUGUGAUCGAUAACGACAUGCAGGAGGUAAAGCCAAGAACACUGGGAAAUAUUGUGGUGAGACUACCUUUACCACCUGGUGCAGCUUUGUCCCUGUGGCAGAACCAGGAUCUGUUCAAGAAACUCUACUUCACUAAGUUCCCAGGUUACUAUGACACCAUGGAUGCAGGUUUUGCGGAUGAGGAGGGUUUCCUCUACAUCAUGUCCAGGUCUGAUGAUGUUAUCAACGUGGCAGGUCACAGACUCUCUGCUGGAGCUCUGGAGGAGUCAGUGCUGCUGCAUCCUUGUUUGGGGGACUGUGCAGUGGUCGGUCUAGAGGACACUCUGAAGGGUCACGUCCCUUUGGCUCUGUGUGUGCUCAAGAAAGGUGUGCAGAAAAGUGAAGAGCUGAUCAUAAAGGAAAUGGUGAACCUUGUGAGAGACACCAUAGGACCUGUGGCUGCCUUCAGGAAAGUGUUCUUUGUCCGAGCGUUGCCAAAGACGCGUUCUGGGAAGAUUCCACGUUCCUCCUUGGCUAACCUGGUCAACGGCAAGCCCUACAAAAUAACUCCAACGAUUGAGGACCCUGAAGUGUUCAAAGACAUUGAGAGAGAAGUAGAAAAGACUUUGAGACAUAGAGGAGCCUGAACUCAUCAGGAGGACAACAGAGUGUACUGAGGUUGGACUCAUUGGUGCAACAAAGUCACUGCAUUUUAUAGUCACGUCCAAGCACUUAUAGUUUACUGCAAACACUAACAUGAUAGUUAUUCUUUUUAUCAACACUCCAGUGUUGUUUAUAUAGUGCUAACAUGUAAUUAUGUUUGAAAAAUGUUGAUUUAAAAUGUGACCAAUUCUAGAUUUUACCUCAUGAGCUGUAUCAUAGCCAUGUAUUUUUGUAUGUGCUCUGGAUAUGAAGCGUCCUUCCAGGGGUUACUUAGCACCAUUAAAAACGCACGGUCCAAACAUGUGGUGUAAUUUCCAGAAAAUGAUUUGCUCAGGUGCCUGUUUUGUUUACGUUGCUCAUGAGAUGAGUAACACACUUAACAGCUGAAUUUUUUUCAUUUCCGACGCACGCCAUGUCGGGGUUUGGACUAAACCCUUAAUGUCAGACACUGAGUCGAAUCUCUUGUAGUCACGCUUGACUGAUAACUUCAGGUGUGGUCAAUAGCUGAUAUAAAGGCAGCAAAGAAAACGCCGUAAUGUUUUUGCUGCUCAAAAUGCCACAACUUAUAACAGACAUGCCAUUGGUAUGUUACGAGCAGGCCUGAGCCGUGGUGAAGUCACUCGCUGUCUUCGCAGUACAGUCAGUCGUCUGAGUGAUCGGAUCCCUCAGGACAGGAUCAUGAGACUUAGUUCCAUGCAUCGUCGCUGCUCUGUUUGGAAGCCAGAGGUGGACACACCUGAUAUUGAAUGAUGGCACUUUCAGUUUCUGAGUACCUGUAUUCAGUGACUGAAUACACGUGUUAAGUCGAUCACAAUUUGUCCACAAUUCCUUCUCUAAUGACUAAUGCUUCCCUCUUUAAUAUGAAGGUAACCCCAAACCAAUUCAUUUAAUAUCUCAAAAUAUGCAUAAUAUUCUGACCCGUGCAUUUUUAAUGGCACUAAGUAUAUAAUCAUUUAAUGAAAGUGAAGUAUAGCUGGUGUUUUUACAAUUUUAAAGCUUUGUCGUAAACAUUUUCAAUCAUUAAAAGUACAACAGUGAAGUCGACUUACUCACUGACAGUAGUUUUUUAUUGACAAUGAAAAUUUGUUUGCUCACCACUUAGUUUUGACCAAAGUACAAGAAGUAAUAAAUAAAAAAAAAA